AUGGUGGAUAAUCGCUACGCCACUGCCCUGGUCAUCGGCUCCGUGCUGAGCCUACUGGCUGCUGUUUACUUAUCGGUGGCUGUGGGAACGCAGCACUGGUAUCAGUACAGCAGCCCUCCGGCCGCACAUGAUGGGAGCAACGCCUCACUCUUGCGGGACGACUCCGUUGACGGCGAAUUCAAUGAGAAGACAUCCAGCGAGAACUUGUAUCGCUUUAAUGGCACCAUGGGACUGUGGUGGUGGUGCAUCCUAGUGCCAAGCCAGUCCCAUUGGUUCAAGGAGCCAGGGGUUAAAAAGGUGAGAAGGUGUGAGCGCUUCACACUUCCUCAGCAGUUCUUACCAAAGUACAAAUAUCAUGGAAACCACAACCGUGAAGAGGACCUGUUAAGGACAUACUUGUGGAGGUGCCAGUUUCUCCUACCUCUGGUGUCUCUGGCCUUGGUCUUCCUCAGCGGCCUCAUUGGCGUCUGCGCUUGCCUGUGCCGCAGCUUCACGCCUACCUUGGCUGUGGGAGUGUUGCAUCUACUUGCAGCUCUUUGCUCUCUGGGGAGCGUGUGCUGCUUUCUGGCCGGCGUGGAUCUCCUCCACCAGUACACAAAACCUAAGGAGGUGGAAUCCUCUCUGGGCUGGUCCCUCUAUCUCGCCCUCAUCUCUUUCCCGCUGCAAGUGAUGGCGUCCGCCUUGUUCAUCUGGGCAGCCCGCAGCCACCGAAAGAACUACACACGCAUGAUUGCUUACAGAGUGGCCUAA